AUGCACACCAGCCUGUCCUUGUUCCAGAGGUGGUCUUUGACGUACCCCAGCCUGUCCUUGUUCCCGAGUGGUGGUCUUGGACGCACCCCAGCCUUUGCUUUUUCCGAGUUGGUCCUGGACGCACCCUAUCCUUUCCAUGUUCCCGAGGUGGUCCUGGACGAACACCAGCCUGUUCUUGUUCCAGAGGUGGUCUUGGACGCACCCCAGCCUGUCCCUGUUCCAUUAGUGGUCUUAGACGAACCCCUGCCUGUCCCUGUUCCAGUGGAGGUCUUGGAUGCACACCAGCCUGUCCUUGUUCCAGAGGUGGUCUUUGACGCACCCCGACCUGUCCUUGUUCCCGAGGACCAACGCCAGAAUCUGGAUUCAGGACCAGCUCCAGAUGUGGAGACGGGUCCAAAGAGGAGUCUCAGAAACAGACCUGACGGUAAAGUAGAGCAGCCUUCUGAGCCACAGCUGGGGGUUAAACCGCAGGAGGGUUCACCAGAGGAAACACCACGGACCAAAAUGCUUUUCCUCCCAGCUGCUGCUCUGUGCUGUCUGUGUUCAGCGCUGGUUGCCAUGGCAGCAGAGCUGGUUCAGGACGAUGUAACACUGACCAGGAGAGUUGGACAAAGUGUCUCCUUCAGCUGUGGGCAAACGUAUCAGUGUGAUGGGAAACGGUACCACAUCUUUGGACCUGGAAGUAAACUGUAUGUAACCGAUGAGCAGGUAGUGAAGCCCGUGGUGAGCGUGUACCCAGCAGCAUCCAGAGUCCACCUGGGGGGGGGCAGCUCCCUGCUGUGUGUGGCCUCAGCCAUGUUUCCUCCUGGGGUCCGGUUCUCCUGGAAAAGACAGAAGAAGAACGGCCCACUGGAGGACGUCCCCCCUGCCGAGGGAGAGCAGGUGGAGCUCAGAGAGCCGGGACGCAGCGCCUCCAUCAUGGUGGUCCACCGCCUCCAUCAGGACACGUACAUAUACAGCUGCUACGUCAAGCACGAGGGCGGCACGGUGGAGGCCCAGACACAAGGUGACGGAGGCUCGGUGACUGUGUUCAGCAGAGACUCAGCUUCACGUGGAGACGCUGUCAAAGACAGCAGAGGACGGACAUUUGUCCCUGCAACUCCCAACAUCUUCCUUCUCUGUUUCAGAGCUUCCAGGUUCAGAGAUCUUCCAGUCUGAGUGCAGGGUGAAGCUGCUCUGCCUGCUGUACACAGUGCUGACCCUGAAGAGUCUGCUGUACUGCUGUGGACUCUCUCUGCUGAUGGUCCUCAGGAACAAGGGGCCGUCCACCAACUGAACACAUGCUGACUGGUUUCUCUGAUAAUCUCACUCAUCACAUCAUUUAUACUCUUGAUAUACACAAAUGAUUAACCGUCUUGGUGAUAUUUCAUCUUUUAAAAGCAUUUAUUUCUCCUUCAUGCCCUUUUUAAUAUUCUGAUUAUUAUCAAUAAAGUGAAA